CAUCAGGAAAAAUUCCUUGCUUCUGACCGGAGGGGUGGUGAUGUGAUACAGAGAUGCCAUGAGAGGCAGCGAGAUUUAGACCUGCAAUCUGGUCCCCACUGAACUCCAUGGAAAAAGCUAAUUUUCUGGGAGAAGAGGGUAUCUUUGCAGAAGAAAAGGAAUUGCAGAAUGCUAUAAAGUUGCCUGGUCACUAUGAACAAUGGCCCAGCUAUACUACAAAAAGGUAAACUAUUCACCGUACAGAGAUCGGAUCCCACUGCAGAUCGUGCGAGCAGAGGCAGAGCUCUCGGUGGAAGAGAAGGCCUACCUCAGCGCCGUGGAGAAGGGGGACUAUGCCAGUGUGAAACAUGCCUUACAAGAGGCGGAGAUCUACUACAACAUCAACAUUAACUGUAUGGAUCCUCUCGGUCGCAGUGCCCUUUUAAUAGCCAUAGAGAACGAAAAUCUGGAGAUCAUGGAGUUACUUCUGAGCCACAGCGUGUACGUGGGAGACGCUCUGCUGUACGCGAUACGGAAAGAGGUGGUGGGAGCUGUGGAGCUGCUGCUGAAUUACAGGAAGCCAAGUGGAGAAAAGCAGGUUCCAACCUUGAUGAUGGACACCCAGUUUUCAGAAUUCACUCCAGAUAUCACCCCAAUAAUGCUGGCGGCUCACACCAACAACUAUGAAAUCAUCAAACUGCUUGUCCAAAGACGGGUAACGAUUCCACGCCCACACCAGAUCAGAUGCAACUGCGUGGAGUGUGUCUCCAGUUCGGAGGUGGACAGCCUGAGGCAUUCCAGGUCAAGGCUGAACAUCUACAAAGCCUUAGCCAGCCCUUCGCUGAUUGCCUUAUCGAGCGAGGACCCGAUCCUGACGGCUUUCCGACUGGGCUGGGAGCUGAAGGAGCUCAGCAAAGUGGAAAAUGAGUUCAAGGCCGAAUAUGAAGAGCUUUCCCAGCAGUGCAAGCGUUUUGCUAAGGACCUUUUGGACCAAGCACGGAGUUCCCGAGAACUGGAGAUCAUUCUCAAUCACAGAGAUGAUCAGAGCGAAGAGUUGGACCCCCAAAAAUGUCAUGAUUUGGCAAAGCUAAAGGUAGCAAUAAAGUAUCACCAGAAAGAGUUUGUUGCUCAGCCAAACUGCCAGCAGCUACUAGCAACGCUUUGGUACGACGGUUUUCCAGGAUGGAGGCGGAAACACUGGGCAGUAAAACUCUUGACCUGUGUCACCAUCGGACUGCUGUUCCCUGUGCUAUCUGUGGCAUACCUGAUUGCACCGAAGAGCAGGCUGGGACUGUUCAUUAAAAAGCCAUUUAUCAAGUUUAUCUGCCACACUGGCUCGUACCUAACCUUCCUCUUCAUGCUCCUGCUGGCAUCGCAGCACAUCGUCAGGACCGACCUUCACAUGCAGGGCCCGCCUCCCACCAUUGUGGAGUGGCUGAUCCUGCCCUGGGUUCUAGGUUUUAUCUGGGGAGAAAUCAAGGAAAUGUGGGAUGGUGGAUUCAAUGAGUACGUACAUGACUGGUGGAAUCUGAUGGACUUUGCAAUGAACUCCCUCUACCUUGCAACUAUCUCCCUUAAAAUUGUUGCCUAUGUCAAGUAUAACGGUUCUCGUCCAAGGGAGGAAUGGGAAAUGUGGCACCCGACUCUCAUCGCAGAAGCCCUCUUUGCAAUAUCCAAUAUUUUAAGUUCCUUGCGUCUCAUAUCCCUGUUUACAGCAAAUUCACACCUGGGACCCUUGCAGAUUUCUCUGGGACGCAUGCUGCUAGACAUCCUUAAAUUCCUUUUUAUCUACUGUCUGGUGCUUCUGGCUUUCGCCAAUGGACUGAACCAGCUUUAUUUUUAUUAUGAGACCAGUGCCUCGGAGGAACCCAACAACUGCAAGGGGAUCCGAUGUGAGAAACAGAACAAUGCCUUCUCCACACUUUUCGAGACCCUCCAGUCGCUCUUCUGGUCUGUGUUCGGUCUGCUGAAUCUCUAUGUCACCAAUGUGAAAGCCAGACAUGAGUUCACAGAAUUCGUUGGAGCCACUAUGUUUGGAACCUACAACGUCAUCUCUCUUGUCGUGCUGCUGAACAUGCUCAUAGCCAUGAUGAACAACUCCUACCAGCUCAUUGCUGACCAUGCAGACAUAGAGUGGAAGUUUGCACGGACAAAGCUCUGGAUGAGUUACUUUGAUGAAGGUGCCACUCUGCCCCCUCCUUUUAACAUCAUCCCAAGUCCCAAGUCUUUCUGGUACCUUUGCAAGUGGAUUCACAAUCAGCUGUGCCCAGGCAAUGACUCUGACAAUGAACAGAAGAGGCAUGAAAACCUCAAAACAUUCACAGAAAGGCAUGCUGACAACCUCAUUCAGAAUCAACAUUACCAGGAAGUGAUCAGAAAUCUUGUGAAAAGAUACGUUGCAGCAAUGAUCAGAACUUCCAAAACCAAUGAAGGUUUAACUGAAGAAAAUUUCAAGGAAUUAAAACAGGACAUCUCAAGUUUUCGCUACGAAGUCCUUGAUCUCCUGGGAAACAGGAAGCCCCAGAGGAGAAGUUACUCUACCAGCAGCACAGAGGUGUCCCAAAAGGAUGAAACAAACGAGGACAGUGCUGGGGAAAAAUCCAAAGCCAAGAGUGUGUCUUUCAAUGUAGCCAACAAAAAGAAGGACUUCAAUGUAUCUGCUCUAAUUAAAACCAUGUCUGGGAUUGAUAUGGUGGAAGAGAAGCCAAAAAGCAAUGGGAUCAGUAAGCGCUCCUUCAUCCGAAAUGGAAAUAGAGUUCAGAGGCUUUCCAGCUCCAAGAAGGAGUCCUUUAAGAGACUGGGCCUGCUGUUCUCCAAAAUGAACGGGCACGUCCCUGAAGCAAAUUCAGAGCCCAUGUACACUAUUUCAGAUGGAAUUAUUCAGCCACACUAUAUGUGGAAAGACAUUAAAUAUUCUCAGAUUGAUAAAGAUAGAGAAGAGAAUUGUUCCAAAAGUGAAAUUAACCUCAAUGAGGUGGACUACAGUGGGAACACGAGACUUACAGGACAGAGCAAGGAGUGCCCUGUGGUUUGUACCAGCUCCCUUCACUGUGCUUCCAGUAUUUGUUCCUCUAACUCCAAACUUUUAGACUCAUCAGAGGAUGUGUUUGAUUCAUGGGGAGAGGCUUGUGACUUGUUUAUAAACCAGUGGAAAGACGGGCAGGAGGAUCAUGUAACAACUCGGCUAUAAGUAAGGCUACCUUAACACCUGCUAGAAAACUUAGCUAAUUAUUUGUAAUUGUUUGCUCUCACCUGAUUCAGCAUUAUGAAUUCCUUUCUGUCCACAGGAGAAAAAAAUGUAAAACUACUUAUGUUAACCUAUUUUAUAGCCAUCUGCACCUUUUUUAAUUUACUUUUUUACACUCACAAAUACUGAACUGAAGGUUUCACUAUUUAUAAGGUCACUGUAAACUACGGGACUCCUUCGGAUGCAGGCUUAGUCUUUAAAUCCCACAUAAUUCAGACACGCUGGUGGCGGAGUAGAGGAUUUCUCCAGUGCACUCAUCAUCAUCCCAGCACCGCUGGGUUAUCAUCGCUGCUAUCCAAUGCCAUCAGUUCCGCAUCCUGCUCAAACCCCGCAGCAUCACAACCAGCUGGUGAGCAGUGGCUUAGCAGGAGGCUGAGAAUCAUAUUUGCAAUCUUUUUAGAAAGUGUUUCAGGUUAUAACUGGCUUUUCAUUUUCUUUAAGCAAUACCACCUCUGAUUCUUUCAGCUGUGUGUUUUUUUCAGGUCAUUAUAUCCAUAUUGUAAACUGUUACUGAAUAAGAGACACCUUUGAUCAUCCAGCUAGAACAUGUGAUGAUUUGCUUAUUUACUUAAUUGCUAUUAAGAAAUUCCCCUCGUAGGGAGCAGAAUGACCUCCCACUUCAGUUGGCAGUGGAAGCUAGCACCUGGCCUUGCUACCAACUUCUACAUAGAUGAAUGGACACAAAGCCAGCUGUGGCUGCUUGAAAGAGAAACCUCAGAGUGGUUCUCCUAUCACUAACAGGGUGCACCAAAACCCAGCCCUAAACCUUCCCCUUAUACCGACCCCCCUGAGCUGCAUUUGGGUUUUGAAAUCCCUGGUUUUAUUUCCACUGCUGCAUUCCUUUUUCGCUGCCUCUCUGGUCAAUAUCAUGCUGUUAGGUAGAAAAUCGUCCUCCUGGUGUACAGCAGUCACUUCCCUGGGUCUGUGAGCUGCAUUUCUGAAAAGCAAGCUCAGCAGUAGCAGCUCAGACUGCAGCUGGCACCCUGGAAAGUUGCUGCAGUUCCUUUUCUAAGGUGCACCAAAAAGCAGUGCAGCAGAUGUUACCCUUCUGUAUCUUAUGUUUUUUUCACCCCUACAACAUUUGUGCUAGGCCCUCUCCAGAUAUUACCCAUGUCCCUGCAUUUUUGUCCUAAGGAGCAUGAGACAGGGGAGAAGACAAUAAGGGCAAAAUGGUUGACACUGCUUUUUAACAACAUGACACCUGAACUUUCUUCAGUGUUGUUGCUAAGAAAUGCAGAUGACUGGCACCUGAUGCUGCUUCAGAGCUGUUAGCAGUCAGCUUUCUUGGAAGAAGCAAGUCCUGAGCUCAGAGAUGGCCCUACCUUACCCCAAAGCUUCCUUACAAGUCCGUGCAGCCAGGCUAAAGGCUCUGUUCCCAGGACAGGUCACACAAGCUGGAGCAUAGCCCAGGGGCAGGUGCCAAAAAAUCACCUCUUGUGCGCAGUACACUGGGAACUGCAUUUGAAAAAAGCAUUUAUGAAGGCUGGAAAAUCUACACCAACACCCCUGGCUCAUGAGAAGCUCUGAACGCAGAGCUCGAGAUGGAGGCUACGGCCAGCCACAGUGUCAAGGAAAAAGAGCAACUAGGAGCAGAGACUCAAACGUGUUUCUGUUCUCCUUGCUCAUGAACGACGCCAGCCCUGUUACCAGCAUGCAGUACAAAGCCCAAAAUAUUUAAGCCCCUAGACAUGCUAGUUAAGACAGAGUGAAAAGCAUUCUUGUAUCAACAGAUUUCAGGCUUUGAUACUAAUUGCAGGGUUAGAGCAGCCUUUGAAAAUUGCAUCUCCUCUUCCUGUAAGUAAGGCUGAGCAAACUGACUUUGGCACUACACAGAGAGUCUUGCAGAAUCGUAGGGUCAGAAGCAAUUUGCUGAUCUUUCAAGAAGAAAUCCAGCAACCCUCUCUUUUACGAUGCAAAUCCAUCCAUAUGUGAGAGCUGCAGUUAGAACCAACUGAAGGCAAUUCUCAAAGCAGCCCACAAUAAAAGCCUGCAGUUUAAUAAACCAGCCUCUGUACAUUUCUGGGAACACGAACAUUAGCAAGAGCUGCUACAGGGGGAUGAAGGGAAGGGUUUGAAUUAUUUUAUGCCUCACCUAAGCACAUUGCAGUUCAGGAAGUCUGCUUGACACGGGGCAGCACAUCUUUGUUACCUUCUAGCACAUAGGAGUGAAAACAACUCCAGUAUGGUUAUGCAGAUUACAUCAGCAGGGUUUAAAGCAGGCGUAGAAGCAGGGUUCAUAUCCUUGGAUGGUGGAAGGGCUUUUAAUUUUUCCAUGAGAGCAAGCACGCUGCUACUGGCUAUGACUAAAUUGUGCCAUUCAACUGCAGCCCUAUGGUAACGGGUACAAAUCUCAAAAUGAAAUGCAAUUAACUCUGCAGCAGUGCCCCCCAAAAAUGUAAAAAUUACACUGGGCAAUGCAAAUCCCUUCUGUACAAACUGCGUGAGUCACGUUCCCCUGCCGUGCCCAGAAAGGGCAGGGGUAGGAACUGCCACAUUGUAAUGGCACAAUGAAUCAAGCAGUCUGCAAUAAUUCCUUGAUAAUGUUAUGUUGAACGCGAGAGGUACAUCAUGGGGCUGCUUGGCUGGGGCUCCUGCAGGAUUUGUUUCAUGAUUCAGAUGCUUCCUAGCUCCCAGCUAUGAGCCAGCCUCAGCUGACUUUUGGAUUUAACGCAAAUAUUUGUGUUAGUAAGUGAUUUAUGCAUGUGUCCAGGAGUAUCCAAAACUGUCAGACUGAUCCCCAAAAAGCCAAGUCUGUUUGACUGCACCUAUGCACCCCCUUUGGUAGCAAUAGACUUUACAGCAACUAGUCAAUUAUUGUUGUUGUUAUUACUACUCUUAAGCAGAAGAUUCAUGUGAAGGAAAUUGAAAUAUUUUGUGAAAAUACAUUUGAUAAGCUUCAAGGAUAGUCAUUAUACACAUGCUAGGAAUUUGGGAUCAUACCAGGUUUGAUCACUUGUCCUAUCUUUAGGUUUCCCACUCUUGAAGUAGCUUUAUUUCUCACCUCCCAUCCCUGGUGUCGUUUUCACCUGUUUUUUUUGAAGCAUCACACCUAAAAACCAUCACCAGUAGAAAGUUAAGACCAACAUCCAGGUACAGAGCACCACACAGAGCUAGGUGUUUGUACUCAGGUCAGAGAUCGAAGUUAUUUCAGAAGUAAGGAAUCAAGCGACAUCUCUCUGCAGAUUAUUUGGGUAAUUGUAUAUUAAUCACAUACUAGUGUAUAUGUAAAUACUCAGCUAUUUGUAUAGUGGUCCCUACAGAAGCAGCAUGCGCAGUGGUUAGAGCGCAGGAUCAGAAAAGAGGACUUCUGAGGUCUGUUCCCAGCUCUGCCACUGCCUCACCUGUGACCUUGGGCAAGUCACUUAGCCUCUCUAAUGCCUCAGUUUCCCCAUCUGUAAAAUAGGGACAAUAAUACUUACCUACCUCGCCGGGGGGUUAGUUCAUUAUUUAUAAGCACUUUCAGAUCUUCAAUUUAAAGGCGCUAUAUACAGUCAGUAGUUAAUACUUGUAGCAGUGGUAUGUACUUUUGUUUUCUUAUGACUAAUUCAGGUUAGGAUUUAGCUAUGUACGUUACGAUAGUUUUCCAUAUAGAAAACUAGCAUGAUUUCCCACGAGGGGAAUUUUGGGGACUUCUGCAGUAGACAGAGAGCAGGAGCAGCAUACUUUGUAAGCCUAAACUCUGACAUCCUCGCUUGUGUGAUUUGUGUCUCAUCUCACCUUACUGCAUUUGUGUUUCAUCCUUUUUCUAAUGGCACGUGUAAAUUUUUAACAGAAACAGUCACUGUAAGUAUUAUUUAAAUAAAUACGUUCAUAUAUAAAUGUAAAACCUUACCUUUUGAGUAGGCUAAGAUUGGUUAACCCAGCAAACUUCUAAGCAUGGGGAGGUUCCACAGCCAGCCCAGCACUGACACACACAAAAGGAUACCAGAGUUGGGCUAUAGGAAAAUUUCAUUCUUUCUUUAGUGUUUGCAUCUCAUCCCGUCGCUGGCAAUGGCAGCAAGUCACGCAGGUGACGAGGUGUCACAGGAAGGUGUGUGACACGCAGGGUGAGGGAGGCCAUAGCUGGGGUGCAACCAGCGCCUGCCCACUUCACCCUGUGGCACGGGAUAAGGCAGCUCCCAGACACUCACCCGGGCACCCAAGAAGCCUCCCUGGGCAGCCAGGAGGCUCUUGUGCCUCUGUGAGGGCUUCACCCUCAUUUCUCCUUGGGUAUGGUUGCUUUUUCUUUAGUGCUUGCUUAGAUAAGAGUCUUUCCUUUGAGUUAGAGGAGCUCUAAGACUUGCAUGGUGAGGGCACGACCUGCAUUUUGAGCUCUCUUACAGGAACAGAAGCAGUGGCAGGGUAUCUCCAGCAGACAUUUGGAGAAGUACAAGUACUGUAAGCAGAGACCUGACUUACUCCUGGGCUAUCCUGCAGAGUCAGAAAGCUACAGGAGCACCAGCUGCUCUGUGCCAGUAACUGCAGGUCCCACUUCCAUUGGGACUUCUCGGCCUUGCUUUGAAGUUUCCAUUUUCCUUUCCCAAAGGCCAAAAUCUCACACACUUAAGUUUACCAGGAAGAGGUUCAAUUUUGGUUUAGUUUUCGGCUGAGUUCUCCCUUAACCAGUCUGUCUGCUGCGUGCUAACACAGAGAUGUCCACGAGAAAGCUGCAUGCAGCCUCAGAGGCCCCUUUCCAAAGGAACAGCAUCGCCCUCCCACCUCCGUUACAACUCCACAAAAAACAGAAUGGAGAAGGAAAAAAAGCAAAGCCACCGAAAUCACGAAGGCUGCCUAGAAUUAAGGAAAGCUAUCACCUUACUAAAAGCUCUCUGGGGCUGUCUUUGGGGUGGGUGCACCCCAAGGGCCCCUUCCUCUCCUGGCAGCACAGGUGGCUGCAGCCAGCAGCAGCAGCAACUUCCAUUCACACAAAGACAAAAUUAAUUGGAAUCGGUGAGACUGCAGUGAAUAACAAAUCAACUUGCUGGAGUAGCAUCUGAAAUAAACUGUUACCAAAAUAAUCUGCAGUUUUCAGCGAAUGUGUAAUUUGAAGCCCAACAAGUAUAAAAUCAAUCCCUCACUGGAUUUUUUGGGGGUGCGGUGGGGCAGUCUGGGCUGGCCACCUAAGUGUAUUUUCAAAUUCAACUGAAUUGAGUUUUCACACUACCACUUUCCCUGUUUCAGACCAUUACACUUGUACAAACAAGUCAUUUAUACAAUUUUUACAUAAUUCCCUCCACCCAAACUAACUACUGCUCUAGAGUAAGUUGAUGAUCAAGAAUGAUGCUUAAAAAGAAGAAUAUGCUUUAUCUAAAAAAAAAAAGUACAUGUAAAAGGCAAAAGCAUUUGAUCCUUAACUUCCAAAUGUUUGAUAGUGUGUUAUGUUUCAGGGAAACGCUUUUACUUGCUCUGCUUUUUUAAGGUGUGCAAAAAAAAAAAGUCAACACUAACUCCCAACCUAGCUCAAACCACCCGCAAUUUUGAAAGCCAAGUUGAUCGUGCAAUUCUUUCUUCAUACACAGACCCUACUCAGUCGGUGGCUCACCAACCAUGGAAGACAGCACUGCCCAUUCCUGCUGGCCAGCAUGUCCUCCUUCAGCAUGGUUUCUUUUGUUUCUUUCGGGGAUUUCCUUCCCCUCCCAUUUACAGCAUUUCCAUCAGCAGUAACUCCUAAACCAGAAGAAACGAUGUGCUUAGACCGAGAGGUGAUCAAUCCAGGAGCUGGCCUUUCGGCACACGAGCUUAACAGAACACUGUGAUACCUUUAGCCAACAGAAUGAAAUGCCUUUUGAGUAUAAAUAGUUGUUUUUGAGCAAGGGGGGCACUUUUUGGUGUAGCUAUUUUUUGGGGUAUUGUACAGUUUUAUUUAAAAACUACUGAAUGUGUUUAUAAGGUGGGUCUGGGAACUAGAGGGCUAGGGAUCUUUGAGAAGCAAAAGGAUGGUAGCAGAUGCUUAAGUACUCUAUUUUCUAUAUGGCAAGCCCUAGAGAAUUGGGCUUACACUGCAAACAGGCUUUUUUUUAGCAAUCCAGUUUUAAUAUCAAAGUAAAUCUUCAUAAAAAAGCUAUCACAGAAACAGCUUCACACCUGAUCAUGUUCUAAAACACCAUUUCAUGGGAUAAAAAAAAAGUGAGGCUUUUUUCCUCUUUCUUUUAUUUUUCGUCAAAAACUUAAUGGCCUUUUACAGGCAACAGAGCUUUCAGAUGUUUGGAGAAUUUUGCUUAUGUAAAGACAGAGUGGGGACCUCAGCAUUUGCCCAUUGAGCAGUAGUAGCCACCCCUAGAGGAAGGGGAGGACGAAAAGGGGGAAGAGCAAAAAGCAAAAACAAACGCUUAGUUUUAUGUACUUUUCUACUUGCAUCUUUUCUGUCUGUAGUGCAGAUUCCACGUCAUUCCCUCGCAUAACAUGUAAAAAUGAAAUGUAUAUAAAUAAAUAAAAAUAUUUAUUUUAUGUGUAUUUUUAGCUUAACUGUAAACUGAAAAAAAUAAAGCAUUUAAUUUUUUUCCCAAAAAUGUAAGCCUAUUGAAAUUCAAGGUGUUUCUACCUUUUCAGAUGUAACAUUUCCAGCUGCCUAUUGAUAAUA